AUGGCAGCACCAACGAAACGUCUUUAUCUCGGUGGAUUAAACCCAGAUUGCCAAAAGGAAGAUCUUGAACAGUUCUUUAGCCCACGUCCUUUAGUCGACAUUCGUAUCAUCUCUCACAAGGGAUUCGGCUUUGUCGAAUUCGAGAGUCUCAGAGACGCCGAAGACGUCAUUGACUCCUACAGAGGCCGUGACUUCAUGGGUGAACGCCUUGUCAUCGACUUUGCAAAAGAGCAAAGACGUGACCGUGAUGACCGCUUCGGCGGCCCACCACCUCCAAGAGAUUAUCGUGAUCGCGGCGACCGCUAUGAUAGGUACGACCGCUACGAUCACUAUGAUCGCUAUGAUAGAUACGACAGAUAUUCGGACAGAGGUGGCCGUGACUACGACAGAUACGGCGGCGGUGACAGAUACGGUGGUGAUAGAUAUGGCGGUGACAGAUAUGGCGGUGACAGAUACGGUGGCGACAGAUACGGCGGUGGUGAUCGCUACGAUCGUUACCCAAGGGACGACUACGGCCCACCUCGUGAAAAGCGCGGUCCUAGACCAAACACUGGCUUCAAGGUCUUUGUCCAAGGUAUUUCUGAGGAAACUAGCUGGCAGGAUCUCAAGGACUUCGGUCGUGACGGUGGUGCAGUCACUCGUGCAGACGUUGACCGUAGUAUUCCAGGACAAGGUGUCAUUGAGUUUGCUUCCAAGUACGAUGCUGAAGAUGCUGUUGCCAAGCUCGACAACACUGAACUUAAGGGUGUCCCAGUUCAAGUCGUAGCUGAUGCUGCUGAACCUCCUGCCUCUGGCGGCGGAUGGGGAGGCGCUAGAGAGCGUUCACCACCAAGAAGAUCAUCACGCUACGAUGACUACGAUUCAAGACCACCUCCACCAAGACGUGAGGAUGCUGGCUUUGAUCGUUAUGAGCGUGAGAGAUCACCUCCACCUCCAGCCGAUGAUGACAGAUACUAG